CAACGUUUUAGGAUUCCUUUUGCAGGCAGAUAUAAGACAUCUGAAGAUCAGCAAUAGUGAGUAUUUUAUUACAAGACAUGAGGAUAACAACUCAGUUACAAUAGUUCCAUAUUCUUAAUUCAGAUUUACAUGUUUAAUUAUUCAAAUAAAGUGCAAAAACAAUUUUAACAGAAAUUUUCAUUAACAGUUUUAGUGAAAAACAAUGUUAUUUUACAGAUUUUUCCUUGUUUAAAUUAAGAUAUUUGACUUUAAUUUUACGGUUUUUCUUUGUCAGCUGUAGCUGCCAGUCAUCUACCUUUUUUUUUUUUUUUUUUUUUUUUUUUUGUACAGUGUGUGGUUUGACAUAUUUCAUUAAAACUAAUAAAUCGUGAUCAGACAUUGUUUCCUGUUAAUUAAAUAAAAUGAAAUAAUUACUUUAAGUGUGUUCUAAAUCUUGUGUUUUAAUAUUGAUUAACUGUAAUAAAUUGCUUAAGCUAACUUUUUUCACCAAAGUUAUCCCUAUUUACCCAGAUUCAUGUAUCAUACCUGUUGAUAUGCAAAUAUUUCAGUUGUUCAGUACCUGACAUCAUUUCUGGAAUGUGGAAUGAUGGUGUCAGGUAUUAAUUUAAAAAGACUAAAAUCAGCUUGAAAGUUUUACUUUCUGGAGAUUCAACAGCAAAAAAAAUUGUUUGUGAAAGAGGAGCUGAGGAGUUUUGAAAUUCUGUUUCCAUAUUUUAUAUUGGAAACAUCAUUGAAAAGUAUAUGUCCUCUGUUAAUUAGCCAAUCACUGAAGCCAUGUACUAAUGAGUCCUGAUUUAUAAAUGCCUGCAGUGAAGCAUGAUAGAUGUGUUCCCUGCUCAUCUUUGUUCUGUCUGCUCCAAUGGAAUAAUAAAAGUGGUCAUAUGGAACUGUACUGGACUCUGUGUUCUUGUUGACAUCCCUGCUGGACUCAAGCCAGCUAUCCUUCAAAGCCCAAACUCCUUUACACCUUCCAAAGAGCAGUUAUCAGAGCAGUUUGGGAACAGUGUACAUCUCUCUGUUGCAGGAGUUCAUGCGUUUGUAUUCAUUGUGCUGUAUGGCAGGUUCACAGAGCAGGAGGAAGAGAUACUGAAACGAGUGCAGAAGGUUUUUUGUAAAGAUGUGCUGAAGCAUGUUAUUAUCCUCUUCACAUACGGGGAUGAAUGUGACAGAGAGAAUAUGCCGGCAGAGAUAGAUGAAAAUCCAGUUGUCAAAAGAGUCAUAGAUAAACGUCAGAAUUAUCAUGUGCUCAAUAACAGAGAUCUGACUGACAGAGAGCAGGUGAAUGAUCUACUGCUGAAGAUUGACACGAUGAUAGAGCAGAAUGGAUACUACACUAAUGAGAUGUAUGAAUGGGCACAAAUGUUGCCUUGGGAAAAAUUCUGGAAAAAAUUAAAGCAAUAUUUUGUUGCUGUCAUUGACUACCUCUGGAAAAAAAAAAAAAAAAAAAAAAGGAAAUGUCUUAUGUCCUUUGAAAAAUGUUAAAACACCCUAAAAUCACCAUACCAGCCAGUAAGAAAUUAUGAUGAAAACAAAAUUCUGAUGUAGAUAAUGAAGUCGUCUUAUGAUUCACUUGGCUAAAUACAUCCUAAAAUCUAUA